UUGGUUUUUGGUUGAUGAAUAACUUACUAACAAGUAACAAGGGAAUCUGGAAAGUGAAUGUCUUGUUGUAUAAUGUUAAAUAUUUUUCCUAUACUUUGACAAUUAUUCGUUUUUUUUUGUUUGGAAAAUAAAAUAAAAUAAAAAUUUAUAAAAAAUGGCAAAUCAAUAUAAAGGAUGUUGUGUGUCUAUUAAUUGUGUGGAUGGUUCAGUUGUUCAAGGUGAAGUGAGUGGUAUGUCGGAUGACAAUGAAACUCUAAUCUUAAAACGACCAUUUAAAAAUGGUAUACCUCAUACAGAAAAAGAAAUUCGUUUGAAAGCCUCGAUGAUAGAGAAUCUAAAGAUUAUAAAAGCACAGCUAGAAAAUGAACCAGUUACCAAUAAUAGCCAAGUAGCCAAAAUUAAUAAAAAAAAUGUGUCAGUACCCAAAACAAACAAUGUCAAGCAAAAGAAUAAAGCAAAAAAUGCUUCAAAUUCUGAAUCUGAACAACCACCUCAGAAUUUUACAAACCAUAAAGAACGAAAUGAUGCCUGUUUUGGUGUAUCACUUGAUACAAUUGUCAAGGAAGAUUUUGAUUUUGAAAAAAAUUUAGCUUUAUUCAAUAAAAAAGCUUUUUAUAAUAAAAUUCACAAAAAACCAGAUCUUGUUCCGCAUGAAAAAGUUUCAAAUAAAUAUAAACAUAAUGAAAAUGUAUUACAUUCUACUCCAGUCAAAUUUAGACAAGUUACAGUUCCUUCACCUGCUAUCAAUGAAUACAUAACAGAUGAUGGACUAGUUGUUCCAAGUAUAACAUCAGAAUUACGAUGGAAACUAUUUAAUCUAGUGGAAGAGAAUGGUUUAACUACAGGACGUCAAAAUGAGAUAAUUGGAAGAGCCGCUACUGAAAUGGUGUUGCAACUUUUGGGUGGAGGUUAUAGAUUUAAUCCCAGAAAUGAACACCAAUGGCCUAGGGUAGUAGUUUUAUGUGGACCUAAUCGAUCAGGUGCUAUGGGUGUAAAUUGUGCAAGACAAUUAAGCAGUUAUGGUGUUCAUACUGUAGUUGUACUUUCUGAACCAGGAUUGUAUACACCACAGUUGGCUAAUGAAAUGGCUUUAUAUCAAUUUACAACUGGUACACUUAUUACUAGUGCAGCAGAGUUGCAUGGUUUAUUAGAUCCAGAUUUUGUUGUAGUAUCUUUGGCUGAUGAACAAACUGAUUCUGUAUCCCGAAAUAUAACUAAUUGGGCUAAAUCAGUUAGAUCACCAUUAAUGGCUAUUGAUCCUCCAUCACAAGGUACACCUUCAGUAGUAGUGAAAUAUUCUCUAGUACCUGCAUUACCUUUAUCUUACAGUGAAUCAAAUGGUAAAAUUUAUCUUUGUAAUAUGGGUAUACCUACUCAAGUAUUUCAUUUAGCUGGAAUCCAGUAUAAAUCACCAUUUGGUUCUAAAUCUGUAAUACCCUUACACAAUAAUGAAUGAUUUAUUAUGAUAUGAAUUAUUAUUUGUUUUUUGACGAAUCCUAAAAGAAGAUUUUAAUUUAAGUACUUAUA